AUUUCUCAUAUUAAAUUAUACAACACACCAUAGUUGUACCUUACUUCUUAUCCUAUCUUGUUACUACUCCCUAAGUUGUCGCAAUUUAAUGACGUGAUUCACAAUCGUAGCUCAGUGAUUGCUUAUGAUUAAUUUCCAUUCAAAUAGGCUUCUUACUUACUCUGUUCUUCUUCUUAAACGAAAUGAGUUCAUCGUCACUGGACAAGCAGAGCUUAAAGGAUGAGGAACAAUCUGAGACCUCCUCUCUCAGCAACAACCACAUUUUCCAGCAACCAGAAAUAGCACAGUAUUGGUCAAAGAUUUAUGAGAAUGCAAAAUAUGAGAAUAGACAUAGGUUUGAUCCAGAGUUCACUUGGACGCCAGAGGAGGAGAAAAAAGUCUUACGUAAAACUGACUUGAAGAUCUUGGUAUUCUGUAUAGCUAUGUUCUUCUCACUCGAUCUCAUACGACAAAACUUAAAGAGAGCUGUCUCCGACAACCUGUUAUCUGAACUUGGUAUGGACCAAAAUGACUACAACAACGGUAACACGAUCUUCUUCCUUACUUUCUUGGCCAUGGAGUUACCUUCUGGUUUGAUUAGCAAGAAAGUGGGUGCUGAUAAAUGGGUACCUGCACAAAUCAUCGCUUGGUCAAUAGUAAACGCAGCUCAAGUGGGUAUGAAUAACAGAACCGGAUUUUACGUUCUGAGAGCUAUGCUUGGUAUUUGUCAAGGUGGAUUUAUUCCUGACGUGUUGCUUUACUUGUCGUAUUUUUACACCUCCGCUGAAUUAAACAUAAGAGUUGGAUGGUGGUAUACAGUUUUGGGAUUCUCUCAAGUUAUUGGUACACUUCUAGCAGCUGGAUUCAUCGAAUUGAGAGGUCUGCAUGGACUAUCUGGAUGGAAAUAUUUAUUUGCAUUCGAAUCUCUGAUCACUGGUGUAAUAGGCAUCCUUUCAAUUUUCUUGAUGCCUUCAGGACCUACGCAAACGGCUGGUAUACUUAGAGGCAAGAAAGGUUACUUCACUGAACGCGAGGAGAAGAUCAUAGUCAACAAGAUUCUUCGAGACACGCCAAACAAAGGAGACCUUAACAACAGAGAUGGUAUUAAUUGGUCAAAUUUCGUUAAGGCGAUAACAGAUUACGAUUUAUGGCCAAUUUAUAUACUUGGAUUAGUUGUUUAUAUACCUUACCAACCAUCACAAAAUUAUAUCACACUUAUUCUCAAACAACUCGGAUUUUCAACUUUCGAAAGCAACGUCCUACUCAUACCUUAUCAAGUUCUUUUCGCAAUAUUCUGUGUUUUAGUUAGUUGGCUUUCAAAGCGAGUCAAGGAACAUGGUUUUGUUUCUACAAUUGCGAACGUAUGGACAUUACCACCACUCGUUGCUCUUUUCUGCUUGCCGCAAGUACAAUCAAAUUACUACAAUUGGGUUAGAUAUGCUCUCAAUAUGCUCAUCUCAUCUUUCCCAUACAUUCACCCACAGAUGAUCGCAUGGCUAAGUGAGAAUAGUAAAUCAGUUGGUAGUCGAGCAGUUAGUCUCUGUAUAUACAACAUGACAUACCAGAUUGGUAGUAUAGGAGCUACAAGAAUAUAUACAGACGCCGACAAACCAUAUUAUGAGAAAGGUACUGCUGCACUUAUUGGUAUUUGUUCGGUAUCAAUAUUACUUCCAGUUCUAGCAAAAGCAUAUUAUAUCGCAAGGAACAGAUAUAAGCUCAGAGAGUGGAACAAAAUGACGCCUGAGCAACAGUUGGAAUAUAGUAUCACGACAACAGACAUUGGAUCAAAGAGAUUGGAUAUGCUCUUUACACACUAA